GCGUCCGGCCAGGAGAGACGCGGGAGAGACUGAGGCGAGUCGCGCGGCUGGGCGGGUAACGGAGAAGCUUCGGUGGCGGUCGCUCGCUCUCGCUCCGCUCUGCCGGCCACCAUGUUCCAAGGGCCCGAGUCCGACCCGGCUAGACCCAGCUCCAGGGUGCUGCAGCCACCAGGUGGACCCUCCAGCGAUCUCUUUGGAAGUGCAGAAGUGUCCUCUUCUUCCAAGUCACAGAAAAUGGCCUCUAACAUAUUUGCAGCAGCUGAAGAACCUAUGAAUUUCCCAAAGAGAACAAAUCCCCCAGGUGGGAAGGACAGCGGCAUUUUUGAGGAUCAUAAACCUAAUGCAUCCCGGCAAUUUAUAAACCCACCUGGAGGAAAAACAAGCAAUAUCUUUGGGACCCCGUCACCUGUCAGCGCAAUCAAAGCACAUCCGAAUAAGCCCAAGGAUCACACCUUUCUAUUUAAGGAUAGAGGAGAUUCACCACGGGAAACAAAAGUUCCAGAAGACCAAAGACCACAGAGAGAAGAGUUGAGUGAGAAGAAGGACCUGCCGAAGGAGAUCACCAAAGAACCUGGGCCCAAGAUAGAUGAUCACGAACCCAGGCUGGGACCACGGCCGCGUUCUCACAACAAAGUCCUCAACCCGCCGGGAGGCAAAUCUAGCAUUGCGUUCUAUUAGGGAAGGCCACUUUCUCACACACCCCUUCCCCAAUGUCUUAAGCUUUCAUUACCAGAACCAAAAGGCUAAUUUUUUAGUGCUUGAAGGAGGGAGGGGCUUAGCAGUUUGGCUUAUUUAGUCCAUGUCAACCAUCGUCAUAAGCCUUUCGGGUGUUCGUUUGUAAGACAGGGAUGAGCCCUGAGCUUCCUUCCUUCCUUCUGCAUUCUGAACACAGUUAAGGAAGACUCCCUGAGAUGGAUUGCAAAACACAUUCCAAUUAAGGUGUAAUACCAAUUUUUGAUCCGCCAGCUAGGCAACACAGCCUCAAGCAAAUUUUUCUCUGUGUUUGUCAAGAAGAGAGACUGCUCCACUAUGCCCUGGAAAAGAGAGUCGUCCCUUGAUUGUCAUCUUGUAGAAAAGUGAAAGGAGCAAAUCAGUUUUCGAGAUAAAUUGUAGUUGAAAUGAAUCAUGCACAAAUCCCUUUCUGGAAGAGUUUUAGAAGCUUUGGCUUUGUGGCACUCCUCUUUUGACCAGUUGGGUAUAACUUCAUAGUGAGUAGCACAUAAAAAAAAAGUGUGUUGAGAGAACGAAGCCAAACCACAUAAGUUUAAAAUUAGAGCCUGAAUCCUCUCCAAGGAGGCAGUUCAGAAGUUAGUGACUAACUCUCUCCUUCGUCACUAACCUCUGAAAGAUUGUAACUUUUAUUAGGCCACGAACUGCUGCUGUUUGCAGAAAGGUUCUAAUUUUAUGCCGACUUUUAGUCUGUUCUCCUUGUUGCUCUUUGGUUGCCUUUAGCGACUUGUCUCUCCCCUUAGCUAGGUCUUUCCAUGCAGAGGCAGCCUCAGUUACCUUUAGCUACCUGAGAUGUUGCUUAGACACUGCCUGUUUUGUUUGUCAAGUCCUUGGGCUCACCCCUUCCACUCCCUCUGCAAAUAGGGGGAAAAAAUCAGACUGUGGGGCCCAUCAGUUCUUGUAGGGCAGGCAGUGACAAAAGAGGUGGGGCCAGAGUAAUGGACAGUACCUUAACUACAACGGUCUCAUAACUCACAUAUUCACCUUCCUGUGCUUUCCAGGAAUAAUUCUUCAUCUUAUAUGUUCACCUCUUUUAUCUCCUCCUCAGCACCUCCUUCCCACCUAUGCCCACUUCAAAUACUGCAUAGUGCCAAUUCAUGGGGCCUCCCAGAUUCUGAACACCAGGGGGUCUCCAACCUUGGCCACUUUUAAGACUUGUGUGGGCUUCAAUUCCCGGAAUUCCUCAGCCAACCAUGCUGCCUGAGGAAUUCUGGGAGAUGGAAAUCCACAAAUCGUAAAGUUACCAAGAUUGGAGACCCCCUGCUGAACACCACUCCCCAAACGCCCAAAAUGUUCUUCUAACAAUAGAAAGCUUGAAAACCAAGUGAUCGAAAGUCCUUUCUUGGAAGAAUGUAAGUAUGAAAGCUUUCUUUGAAAAAAAAACAAAACACCGUUUCUGUAAGAGGUCACUUAUUCUAUAGUUAUUGGAAACCGGGGAGCUUCCAGGUUUAUCAACUGAACACUAACAUCUUGUGCCUUUUAACUAGCAAGAGAGUAUUUAAACACCCUUACAUUGCUAUAGCCCUUAAACUGUGAAUAUCAACGUCCUGUGAAUUUUUAACCCGAUUCUUAGGAUGACCUAAGGAUGACCCUUAAGGUCUAUCUCUAACAGCUUAGUGCCAUUAGGAAAGGGUCAGUCUUAGUUCUCGCACGUAUACCCACUUAUUCCAUUUUUAACCUCAGCAGGAAGCAUUCAAACACAACUCUCAGUGGUAGAGAGUAUGAUGUCUGGAUAACUGGAAUGUCAAAUUUCUUUUAGUUUGAUUUACAAGUAAUGCUCUUCUAUCCCCAAUCACAGCUGUCCUUCCCUAACAUUUCUUACGAUCGUAUGGUCUCAUCCCUGUGGACAUAAUCUUUUUAAGUAUCAUGAGAAAACUGCCUAUUUUUGUAAUGUUCCAGUUAUCUGUUUCACAUUGGAACAAAAAUGAGUUGACUCCACCAUAAAGCAGCCCCGAUCCAUACUUAACACUCAAAUAACCUUGUUCCAUAAUUCAAAGGACUUUCAAAAGCAAGCAUAGUCGCCCUAGAAUGGAUUUGUUAUUCAUGCUGACAAGAAGCUAUGAAAAAGAUCAAUCCCAAAAUAGAUUCCAGCAUUCAUUGUUUAAAUCCCCAUUAGGGGAAGGCAAAAUUAGGAAAUAAAAUCAAGAAUUAUCUUCCUUGUUUCUCCUCCCUUAUCAUAUUCACCUGUUUGGCUGGGGGUCUUUUCAGCCUGUGUCCUACUGACAUCAUGUCUGCUUUUUUGCUAUGCAGAUGCAGCUCAGGGUAACAAAUCCCAAAGAGGCAUGGGCAAAAUGGCAGCCAUUGGCUUAUUCUGGAAGAUUUUCUGAGGUGUGUAUUAAAUGUAAUAUCUUGCUGAAGAGGACAGAAGCAAGAGGGAGUUGCAAAUUAGAUGACUGCCAAGAAAGGGAGGACUUGAAGGAGCAGGAUGGCUGCUUCCAUACACGUGUCUAUUGCGAAAUUGUCUUUGGCAGAAUUAGAAACUUGGCUAUGAUGGUUAUGCUGUAUUAUAGAAUCGAGAGAAAAUGUAGUGUUAGUCCUGCUACAUUUUAUAUUUAAUGGUUAGCUAACAUCUCCAGGCACAAGCUGGAAGUAAGGACUAACUUAGCUGACUAUUAGACCUGACUCAAGACCCCUACUGGUCUCUCCUCAUCACUCUUGCUUCCAGGACGUUUGCAAUGUACAAGGUUGGGUGGAUGUCACCUUGCACCGUUUCCCAUAAUUGCAGUGUGAGUUCGUGAAGAGACAGAAGGGGAAAGUCUGUAUUUUGGGAUGAAUUCUUUCUAGACCAGGGGUGUCCAACUUUGGCAAUUUUGAGACUUCUUGUGGGUUUCAACUCCCAGCUGGCUGGGGAAUUCCGAUAGUUGAAGUCCAUGAGUCUUAAAAGUUGGACACCCCUGGUCUAGACGGUGUAAUGAGUAGUCCAAAUUUCUCAAUGUCAAAUGUAAAUUUUCUGCUGGAAUUCAUCAAGCAUAUCAGAAAACCAGUGGCCUUUGUAGAGUAACUUGAUCUAUCAGCAAUAUCACAAGUUCAUUGCAAAAUAUUUCUGAGGUGCUCUGUACCAGAAGCUGAAACAGUUCAGCAUUUUGAUAAACUCUGAACUAAACAGUCAAACCGUGCUUGAAACUCAGCGCUGGUUUAAUAUUUCUUGCCAAGUUCUCUCACACGGUUUGCUAUAGUAAAUAACCACCCUUUCAAUACUAGGGAGAUGGAGGAAAAAAACAAACAAACAGAAUGAAAACACUGCUUAGCUUUGUAAUGAAACGAGCGAAUGAGAACAAUUGGCCAACGUCAGCUUUGGAUACCAUUUGCAUAGGUCAUUGCUACAUGUGGAUUACUUGGGAUUGCAAAAUCUCAAAGGGGUGUUUUCACCAGUGCUUCUCUGUUAGCCUUUUUUUCCAGCUAAGCCUUAAGUUCUGAUUGAUUUAACUUUGUGCCUAUCAUUUUUUUCGAGAGGUGGCUUCGAGGAUUACACUGUGUAUCCAGAAAGGGUAUUUUUCUUUUUUAAAAAAAACCUACAUUAGGAGUUAAGAAUAACUCAAAUAUGUUGAAUCGUGCUGUUUAAUAAACAACUGUAUUUUGUUAGUCCAUUAGAGUCGAGCUGAUGGAUUCUUCAAAUCUUUUUUUAAUCCCCUUAUAGCCUCAUGAGUUUUACAUGUACAAACUAAGAUCGUCUAAGCCCCAGGUGCCUCUCCUGAAAUCCAGUCAUUUCUUCCCAAGUGACUGGUAAUCAAGAGAUUUUACUGUAACCAAACUAGCACACAGUAUAUAUUACAUGAAUUGUAAAGAAUGUGAUUGUUAGGGGGCAAAACAGAAGCAAGGUUUAUAAAAUUCCUUUUAUUUGUGCUAAUAGCCACUGCAAGAUGGCACAAUCAUUAGCUAUGCAACCUUGACAUUCAACCCUUGAACUGACUGUUAAGCUUCCAUAGGCAACCCACUCAUUCCUAAGACUUUCGGGAAGAUGCAAGCAGUUCCUUUUGUGAAAUUGACAAUCUGUACCGAGGAAUGAGAAGAAUUUCCCCAGAAUUUCCUGUCAUAAAUACAAAAAUGUUUUUGUUCUACUGAAAUGCCUUUAAGUCUUUCUUUGUAAUAGUGUUCAGGGAAAUAAUAAUCAGCUUGAUUGAAUCCAUUUCUGUGCCAUUGGUUCUCUCAUCAGUCAAGGCUGUCUAGUACAUCUGCAUUUUUAAAAAAUAAUUCAAUCCCUUUGUAACAUAACCACUAUCCCUUUUUUCCCCCCCUCUAGUAUCCAAAUGUGAAGAGUGUUGCUAUUAGACAAAUAAAGCUUGUGUCCGUUGUUCUUUAUAUCAUUUGACAAUAAAAAAAAUUUAGUCAU